GCAGGAGGCCCCGCCCCCCAGCCCUGCCGUGACGCGGCUGUUUUGGCUCCUCCGCCGCCCCGUGUCUGCUGUCGCGUCUGGAGAGGCGCCCCUGGCCGGGCCUGGUUGGCGGAGCCGGGAUGUCGGCGCAGGACGAGGCUCCGGAGCCCCAGGGCAUCUCCGUCAGCGACGUGCAGCUGCUGCUGCGGAAGAAAGACGAGCUGGAGGCCCAGAUCCGAGCCUAUUACGGGGUCCUGGAGGACCAAAAAGGUGUCGGGAUGAACGAACCACUUGUGGAUGUUGAAGGCUAUCCACGUGCUGAUGUGGAUGUCUAUCAAGUCCGGGCGGCAAGGCACAACAUCAUCUGUUUGCAGAAUGAUCACAAAGCCUUGAUGCACCAGGUGGAACAGGCACUGCACCAGCUCCACGCCCGGGAGAAGGAGAAGCGCGAAAAGGACGAGGCGGAAGCGCGAGCCGAAGCCAGGAGCCAGAGUCAGGUGUUGCCCCAGCCUUUUGCCAGGGUGAAUGCCGUCACACAGGGUUCUCCAGCGAGCUUCUCGGGGUUGCAAGUCGACGAUGAGAUCGUCGAGUUUGGCUCCGUCAACACUCACAACUUCCAGUCACUGCAGAAUAUUGCCACUGUGGUCCAGCACAGUGAAGGGCAACCGCUAAGUGUGACCGUGAUCCGCAGUGGUCAGAAGCUUCAUUUGGGGCUCACCCCGAAACGCUGGAGUGGAAAAGGGCUUCUGGGUUGCAAUAUAGUCCCUCUGCAAAGAUGAUGUUUUUCAGUGAGGAAGCUCCAAAGCACUUGAUGGCAUCUCAACCUGGGUUUGAGCCCCUUAACAUCUACCCGAAGAAGCCAGGAUGUGGAAA